AUGGCACCACCUCCAAUCCUUACCAAUUCACAAGGACAGGCAAUUCCAAACCCACCUUAUGCCACUCAAAGAGUUGGCAAACAUGGUCCAUUGUUAUUACAGGAUAUUGACUUGAUUGACAACUUGGCUCAUUUCGAUAGAGAGAGGAUUCCAGAAAGAGUGGUACACGGCCGAGGUUCAGGCGCACACGGUGUGUUCGAAGUUACUGAUGAUAUCACUGACAUCUGCUCGGCUGAUUUCUUAAACGAAGUUGGCAAAAAGACCAAAACUUUUACUCGCUUCUCCCUUGUUGCCGCUGAAUCAGGUGCUAAUGACUCAGCUAGAGAUGUUAGAGGCUUUGCCACCAAAUUUUACACUUCAGAAGGCAUCUUGGACUUUGUAUACAUCCAUACUCCAGUGUUUUUCAUCAGGGAUCCUUCCAAGUUUGUUGACGUAAACCACGUUCAGAAGAGAAACCCCCAAACCAACUCAAAGGACCCCAACGCGGCUUGGGAUUUCUUCACCUUGAAUCCCGAAACUGUUCACCAAGUCACCAUAUUGUACACUGAUCGUGGAACUCCUGCAUCAUUUAGACAUAUGCAUGGUUUUUCGGCUCACACAUUUAAAUGGGCCAAUGCAAACAAUGAUUGGGUUUACGUGCGUAUUCAUCAGUUGACUGACCAAGGUAUAAAAAAUCAUACAAUUGAAGAAGCCAUUCGUCUUGCUGGCGAAAACCCCGAUGCAGCUCAGGAUGAUUUGUUCAAUAGUAUUGAACAAGGUGACUUUCCUUCUUGGACUUGUUAUGUUCAAACCAUGACCGAGGAACAAGCAAAGAAUGCACCAUUUUCCGUCUUUGAUAUGACCAAGACUUGGCCCCAUAAGGACUAUCCAUUGAGAAGAUUCGGUAAAUUGACAUUGAAUGAAAACCCACUCAACUAUUUUGCUGAAGUUGAACAAGCUGCGUUUUCCCCAGCCAAUACUGUUCCAUCUAUGCAACCUUCGGCUGAUCCGGUCUUACAAGGAAGGUUGUUUUCUUACACUGACACCCAAAGGUACCGGUUAGGGGUUAAUUUUAGCCAAAUUCCGGUGAACUGUCCGCUCAAAGGAGGUGCCCAAGUGUAUGCACCAAGCGAGAGGGACGGGUUUAUGAAUGUAAAUGGAAAUUAUGGCAAAGCUCCAAACUACUUGACCAACAGGAACAAGGUCACUAUCAAAUCAUUCCCUAUCCAACAGUAUCAAGAAGUGUGGGAAGGUCCAGCUGAACCGUUCGAGUGGGUUGCCACCGCAGCGGAAUUUGACCAGCCUGCAGAUCUCUACAACAAUGUUUUGUCCGAAACUGAUAGAAGAAACUUGGCUCAUAACAUUGGUGUCGACGUUGCUAAGGUUGAACUGGAAAUUCAAGAAAGGGUAUUUAAGUAUUUUGGUGGUGUCAGCCCUGAUUUAGCAGAAGCUAUAAAGAGAGAGGUAUUUCAAACAGGCAAGUAG